AUGAAUAAUGGAGAUGGACUUAGGUCAACUGAACGACUGCUGUGCUCAGCAGAAUUGCCUUUUCAGUUGAACCAUCACUUCACUUGCCUUUCAGUGUCUAGCAUCGUUUUAUCCAUAACUUCAUUUAUGGGAAAUAAUUUGAUGUUAGUGGCCUUUCACACAGAAUCUCCUCUGCACGCGCCGCCUAAAAAUUUUAUUGCGUUGUUUGGCUGUCAGCGAUCUUGGUAUCGGUCUUGUUACGGGACCUCUCUAUUCGGCAUAUCUUAAUUCUGCCCUGGCCAAACGAUGGAAUGUGUGUCGCUUUGCAUUUGCUUCAGGUACUCUGGCAAGCUUUCUCUUUUCUUAAGUGUCUUUGACGACACUUACCAAAAUUAGUGUAGAAAGCCUACUUGCAUUAAAACUAGCUAGGCUUCCGAUACAAACAAGUUGUCACUUUGAAGCAUGCUUACAUUGCUGUUGGUGUUAUUUGGAUCGUGUCUAUCUUCUCCACAGCUGUCUCCUUCCUUAAAUACUUUAUAACUCUGAUAAUUGCAUACACAGUCAUAUCUUUAUACUUAGUAAUCUCUGCAUAUUGCUGCAUAAACAUUUAUCUGACUCUUCGUGAGCAUCGGUCUCAAGCGCAUUGUAUUCGCGUUCUGCAACAAAGCCCAGCCGUUCCACUGAACAUAGCCACA